GGCUGUUUCAUGAAGAAGGAGAUGCAUCGCCAAUAAUGACAUGUACUGAAUGUAGUCGAAAGUCUUGUAUAGUACAUAACCUCCUAAUCGACACUAAUCAGUUCAAGUGCCCCAAAUGUGAAAGUGAAAGAAAUGAACCGGUUUCACCAUCAAAUACACAAAAUGAGGCGGAAGGAACAGUUGUUAAAACAAAAAAAACUUAUUUUUCGAAAUUGAAAAGUUUAUUAUACGAUAAGAAAAAUGAUGAACCAUCACAGGCAUUAAAGGAAAUAGAAAUUGAAGAAGAAAAUGCGAGGUCGUUAUUAAAAAAAUUAGAUGAACGAAAAAAAGCCGAAAUGCGCAAGCAACAAGAUGAAAAACGAAGAACUCUUAUAUUAGAGAAACAAGAGAAGAAAAGUAAAGCAUAUAUACGGCAAUUAAAACAAUGUCCUGUGUGUAAAAGUAGAAUUCAGAAAAGUGGUGGAUCUAAUAAAAUGAAAUGUGGAAAUCCUAAAUGUAGACAUGAAUUUUGUUGGAU